AAAAUCCCGGUCAGUGGCUGAAAGAUUUGCAACGCGUCCUGUAAGCGAAUGAUGUUUGACAGUAUAUUCCAAUUUAUUCCCAUUCCCCAGCUGAGCAAACCCAACACCGACUUCUGCGCCCUAAAUGAGCUAAUGACGGUCAAUUGGAAAUACACAGUCACAGCCGAAGUGGAGUGUGAUUGCGCCGUGGUAGCACAUACAGUGCGCAGGUUCAGCUCAGAUAUUUAUACAGCCGCCCGCGUACGUAGCUGACCGUAAAUUAUUAAUUACACCAGUUGGUCAUAUUAUCCUAACUGUGUCCCGGAAUUCCGUGGUGUAAUGAUGCUUCAGCUGCUAUCCUGAAAUGACGGGAUCAUGGAACCGACAAUGUGCCCACUAUACGCAAAAUGUGCAGUGGCACUUUUGCAGCGAAAUUACUUCCAUUGAUUAGAGGAAAUUUUGCGCCGUGCUAAGUAUCACGCGUACAUUUACGGUUGCUCUUUCCGUUGUACGCUGGCCAAGCUUGGGAAAAUUGUCCCAGCUGGCUUCUUCAGUUUAUUCUUCCUCCGCCGGGGUGUAGAUUAUUAUUCCAUGCGCGUGCCCAGUGGGAACAAACUCCAAACGCGGUAUACUUUUGAGCUAAUAAUGAAAAGUGUCCUGCGAGCAAGGAUUUGUGCGGCUGGAUCGGUAUAACGCUAGCGUAGGCCUUUCCUCAGGCUCCGUUCAACGGUACGUCCGGAUAUAGGAGUAUCACCUUUGAAUCUGCAUACACGUUACGUAUAUGAAACAAGUAUGCGAUUAACAGAUCUUUUUUCGAUAUGGAUGUGAGUCCUUCAUGCUCUUAAGUUUUUGACUGUUUUAUAACGAACGUGAAACGUGAAACUACCUAUGUUUCUUCUUUCUGCGUGCGCUCUGUUUGUGCACCGGAAAUUUAAGCAUGGUUCUUAUUAACGCUAGCUAAAAAUUGUGUUAGUUCGUAACCUUUCUUUGAAUUAUUUUAUACAAAUUUUACGAAUGCCAGUCGGUUUGAUGGUGAAUGCACUCACCUUGAAGCAUGGGACGCUCUUGUGACCUGACCGGCGAAAUUGACAAACUGUCCAUAUAAAUAAAUAUACUUUACUUCGUUCCCGACAUGUAUCGGAAUAUGUCGAUCCGCCUAAUGUACCUGUGGGUCUCUUCCAUCUCAUACAUCUUAUAUUCGCCAAUGGGCUGUUUCUGAAAAUGGAAUCUAGUUUAUUAUAAAUUCAUCUAUACAGUAUUUUGAAAUAACUAAAUAAAUGGAAGCCGCAGCCGAUUUACUGCUAAGUGACCAAACACAAAGCAGCUUCAUUGAACUGCUCAACUCAACUACUCAAGCGACAAAAGACGGUGAUGAGGAAAGCGUUUAUAGGCCACUGGAGCCAUGGCAUAUUGUUCUUAUCGCACUGGGUGUUAGUGUCGUUAUAACGGCGGUGGUAGUACUUCUGGUACUAUGGAAGUGGCGAAGAAAAGGGCACAGAAAAGAUAGCUUGGCUAAUGGUGCAUUUUUAUACGACCGGGAGCCACUGUUCAAUCAUAAACCAAACCAUCCGGAGAUCGUAAUUACCGAGCCUACUAAUAUUGACUCGAUCUCGUAUUCUCCAUCCGGUCAUGGCACCAACUCCGAGGUGUAUUCCUCGAAAUCGGUAACGCACGUGCCGCCCUGUGUUCUGGCGGAAAUUGAGGAUCUGGAUGCGUCUGAGCUGGUCUCCCCAGCGACCACCGAAAACAAUCUCAGAAUUUCUCCUGGAUUGGUUUCGAUACAAAUGACACCCGCCAACUCGCAUUCCGCCAAGCCUGCGUCACAGCAGGUGCAGCUGCAUGUCGUCCCGUCAGCGGUUGUUAGCAGCAGCGAGGAACCGGAGACCACCGAGGAAGCUGCUGUUGUGGAGGAUGAUGCGGCUGCACGGAGCGGGAGAUCGCAGUCAGUCGGCAGUGCGUCGUCCUAUAAUGAGCGCCUGUACACCCGACACAGUCCGCACGGCAUGUUACCCUACGGGAUUGCCGACUAUACGGCAACGGUUUUUGUAGACAACAUCACUCCCGACAGCAGUAUUUCCACUCAUCUUCCAGAGUGUGAUCAACUUUUGACAGACCGGUAACAUUAGUCAAUUGGCCCGAACUGAUCUGCAAUCUCUGUGCGUGCUGCCAUGCUGAUAGGUUUUCGAGUGCAGAGACAGUCAGUGUAUUUGGGCAUAUGCAUUCAGUACAUCCAGUAUUCAUUCUGAUAAACGUAUCUCUAGCGACUGGUUACUCCCUUUUUUUGCCAAUGGUUGCCGUGUUUACCCAAGAGAGACCGGGGAAUUUUAUUUGCAACAGUAAAGAGUUUCUAGCGCUUUUUUAUCAGACACAUUGUGAUGGUCUAUAGCGGUUGUGAUUGAUUUCUUUCAUCCAAGUCAUAAAUGUUAUUUAACAAGACUGUCGCAUCAAAUGUCUAGACGAUUUUUCCUCGUACAAUCAUCAAAA